CGCCACGAACCUUAUCUACGAUCUACCGACAAUUGGCAAUGCCGAAGUGCUGAUUGCCAAUCAGUUCCCAUUCAGUUCCUGGAGAGACAACAUGAGUGGUGACUAUGAGACCGGAGGCUACUAUUGCCAUAAUCGGAUGCUUCACGAUCAGCCUGCGUUGUGGGACUCCUUUCAGGACCCGCCUUCCAAAAAGGCCAGUGGCUCGGAUGCCGACUGGAAGAAGUUGCAGUUCCUUCUGAAACUUUUCAAGCUAUUCGUCUACCUUCUGGUCUUUGUGGUGAUUCUGGCCACGAGUGUAUUGGCCAACCUGGUUUAUCUGUACAUGGCCGGAAAUUCGAGUGGCAGCGGGCCGCGGGUCCAAGUGUGCACCAAGUAUCUUCUCCAGACCGGCGAGGCGAUUGCAGCCCGGAACCGUCUGGAUCAAAUAGCCUGGGUCUGGGCCCUAGUCUUUGCCUUCGCCGCCCCAGAGCUCUUCACAUUCCUGCGAGCCCUGCGGAUCUGUAUGUUCAAGAGGGAGCGCCGUCCCAGUAGACUGGAGGUUGGUCUGGUCACGCUCUUCGAAAUCCUGCACGUCGUUGGUCUGGCACUGCUCACCUUCACCGUGCUCCCUGCCCUGGAUGUGACUCGAGGAGCUAUGUUGAACUGCUGUGUCUGCUUCGUGCCCGCCCUGCUCAAUUUGCUGACGGGGACAUGGCUGCACUGGAAGUCGGUGAACAGCGCGGUUCUCUUCCUCUCCAUCCUGGCAUUGAUUGCCCAAGGAAGCGUCUUCCUGGUGUGGCCCGCGCUGAGCGACAAGCUUGAGCUAAGGCUGCUGGUCCUUCCCCUGCUGCUCAUAUCGUUCCGCUGGUGGGAGAACUUUGCCAGCCCCCACGAUGGCAUCGCCAAAAUCAUCCGCACCAUCCGCUGCACCCGAUCCCGGUACCACACCUACCUGUACUUGGCACCCCUGAAGGUAGUGGUCUUUGCAGGCGUGGGCUUUCUGCUGCACGGCCAGAAUUUCUUUUCGUAUUUUUCUCUGUUUUUGGAUGCCUGGAGGCCUCACCUCAUUACGCUAGUGAAAACCGCCGGCGGGGAUUCCAAUGCACUCAACGCAACCCAACUGGCCAACUCAUCAGUGAGGACUUCGAUGCAAUCCAGCCCAAAUGCAAUGGUCUAUGCGCUGGCGGUCCAGGUGGGGGCGGCGUACCUGUGCCACGUGUUCGGCAAGUUCGCCUGCAAAAUCAAGAUCCAGGUGUUCAGCUGUACUCUGCCCCUCACUCUGGCCGGACCCGUUACCGUCUGCCUGGCCACCUUCCUGGCCCAGCUGAGGGCGACAGACCCUUGUGCCUUGCACGGCCUCCUGCCGGACUACCUCGGGCUGAGGGCGCUGGGCGAGAAUCUGGAGGAACUGGGCCAUGCGUGCCUGGAGUGGGCCCUGUGGCUGUGGCCACUGUGGUGGCUGGCCCAGGUUUGGACCUGCCUGCACAUCUGGCAGCCGCGCAACGACAAGAACGCCCCCACCGAGAAGCUCUAUGUGUGCCCCUGGUACUGCGGCCUGUUGGUGGACCAGUGCUCGAUGAUGAACCGCCGGAUUGUCGACUGGAGCGAGGAGUAUCUGGCAAUCAAGAGCGAACGCCCCGCCCCGAGCGACCCCAAGCUGGUUGAGAUGGAAGACAUGAAGGCAAACUGGGAAAUCCGGGAGGAGGACAAGGUGCCACAGUUGAUUGUGUGCGCCACCAUGUGGCACGAGACCGAGGACGAGAUGAUGGAGUUCCUCAAGUCGAUUUUGCGUCUGGAUGAGGAUCAAUGUGCCCGGCGCAUGGCGAGGACCUAUCUCACGGCGGACGACGAGUACUAUGAAUUGGAAACUAAUAUCUUCUUCGACGAUGCCUUCGUACUAGACCCCCAAAAAUGUGAAAACAAGCACAAUCCUCCAAUCAACGACUAUGUGAAGAUCCUUAUCAACACCAUAGACAAGGCGGCCUUUGAGGUUUACGGCGUAAACAUACGGAUUAAGCCUCCACUGAAGAUUAAUACACCGUAUGGGGGUCGGUUGGUUUGGACGCUUCCCGGCCGUACCAAGAUGGUGGCCCACCUGAAGAACAAGGACAAGAUCCGGCAUAAGAAGCGCUGGUCCCAGGUGAUGUACAUGUACUAUCUGCUCGGCCACCGGAUCAUGGAUACGGUUCAUCUGCAUCCGCGUCGAAAAGCGGUGAUUGCAGAGAAUACAUUUAUCCUGGCAUUAGACGGAGACAUCGACUUCCAGCCCAGGGCUGUCCACCUGCUGAUUGACCGGAUGAAGGCGGUGGAGGAGCUUGGCGCCGCCUGCGGACGGAUCCACCCGGUGGGUAGGGGGCCGAUGGUGUGGUACCAGCGCUUCGAGUACGCCAUCGGUCACUGGCUACAGAAGGCCACAGAGCACGUCAUUGGCUGCGUGCUCUGCAGUCCUGGAUGCUUCAGCUUGUUCCGGGCCAGCGCCCUCAUGGAAAACAGCGUCAUGAAGCGCUACACGAUGAUCAGUUCGGAGGCCAUGAAGAUGGUGCAGUACGAUCAGGGUGAGGACCGCUGGCUCUGCACCCUGCUGCUUAAGGCGGGCUCCCGGGUGGAAUACUGUGCUGCUUCGGAUGCCUACACCCACGCUCCGGAGAGCUUCAAUGAGUUCUACAACCAACGGCGCCGCUGGGUGCCCUCCACCAUUGCCAACAUCUUCGACAUCCUGGCCGACGCCAAAACGGUAGUACGGAAGAACAACUCCAUAUCGACGAUGUACGUGUGGUACCAGGGCAUGCUGAUGAUCGGAACGGUCCUGGGCCCGGGCACCAUUUUCCUCAUGAUGGUGGGUGCCCUAGUUGCGGUGUUCAACAUCGACAUCUGGACCGCAUUCCUGUGGAACUUCUUUCCCAUUCUCCUCUUCAUUUUGUCGUGCGUCUACCUAAAACAGAAGUACCAACUGCUGAUCGCCUUCGUGAUCAGUGCCACCUACUGUCUGGUGAUGAUGGCGGUUCUUAUUGGCAUCAUUGUUCAGAUGCUGGAGGAUGGGCCCUUGGCGCCAGCGUCGCUCUUCUUCCUUCUGGUGGCGGUGCAGAUCACAAUUGCAGGCUUUAUGCAUCCUCAGGAGUUCUGGGCUCUGCUCUGUGGCGUCAUCUACUACAUCACUAUCCCUUCCAUGUACAUGUUGCUGAUGAUUUACUCGGUUUUCAACAUGAACGACGUUUCCUGGGGCACCCGCGAAGCUCCGACGAUUAAAGACGACGACCAGGAGACGUCUAAUGGUGCCAAGAUCUUUCCUCCUGGCUGGCUGGACGAUCCACUGCUAGUGAAAUCGGACCUGGGGGAAAUAUCGCUGAUGGAGAACCGGUUCUGGAAGGACGUGAUCAAGAAGUAUCUGAAGCCUCUAGAGCUAAGCCGGGAGCAAAAACAGCUUAUGGACGACGGCCUGAAGGAGCUGAGAAACAUGAUUGCCUUCGCCUUCGUGAUGGUGAACGCGAUCUUCGUCCUGAUUGUGUUUCUGCUGCAGUUAAAGAAGGAGUUCCUGCACUUGAACUGGCCCAUCGAUCCCUCGGAUUUUAUCACAUUCGACAGAGACAACCUACAGGUUGAUAUCUACAGACAGUAUAAGGAGCUGGACCCCAUCGGACUCUGCUUCGUGAUAUUCUUUGGCCUGAUCCUGAUCAUCCAGUUCAUAGCCAUGUUCUUCCACCGCUUUGCCACGCUGUGUCAGCUGUUGGCAACCACUCCGGUGGACUGGUUUCGGUCUAAUGGACAGUUUACGGACGAGGACGCCGCCCACGAGCUGAAGGGCAGUGCCGUGAACAUAGCCCGUAAGCUGCAACGUCCCAAGAGACUCUUUGAGGAAGACGACGAGGAGGAGCCCCAUUACGAUGAGGUGUCGUCCCAUAGAAGGGAGGGAUCUGGGGAGUAUCGGGAGAGCUCACAUCGCCGCCAAACUAUUUGGCGCCUCACCGAGAACCGCAACAGGUCCCAGAGUGACUACAGUAACUUGGUAUUUAACUUUAAGCGCCGCUUCUUGGGGGAAGAGGACCUUAACUUGGGGAACUUGCCUCUGAAUCGGAAGUCGGUGAAGCUCUUCCAGGAUCGCCGAUCAAAGGUAAGGGCGGACGUGAAAGCGGCGGCGACGCCCGGAGGCACUCCCACGCCCAAGGCGGGCACUCGCCCACCAGUGGUGAGUGUGAACCCUCUUCCCAAUUGCAGUGGACCAGGAAACCUGGAAGCCUACGACAAUGGUGGCUACGAGGACACCGAGUAUUACCCCCAGAAUCUGAAUCGUAAUUCCAAGUAAACCGGAAGGCUGAGAUGCUGAACUACUUUUAUAUGUACAUCUUUAUCUAUUGUAUAAUCGAAUCCUCCGAAUGGACCUUGAUGGCAUAAAAAAUAUAAUUAAUUGCAUUUAA